GCUGCAUCCACAGUAAAAGUCACCGGCUGGAGAUAUUAGCCUCGACUUCUGCUCAGUUACCACUACGAACAGAGUGAACCAAAUAUUUCUCUCUCAUCUCCUGCAUCUCCUGACUAUUACCCCUUGUCGAUCUCCGGUUGCAGUGCUCUUCCGUCACAUCCCGUACCCUCAAUCUCAAUCAAUCUCUCUCCUUAUCCUUCCUCCUCGACUCCAAACCCCCUAAUCGGUUCCUACUAUUACCGCCGCCAUGCAUCGCACCUAUUCUAUGCGCCAGUCGCGCGCCCCGACCGCCUCGCAGAUCGAGAACCCCCCACCACCUAUGUCCUCUACCAAGUCGAACCGGUGGCUCGGAAAGGGUGGCAUUGGCCAUGCAUUCCGUAAAAACGCCGCCGGUGCUUUCGGCCCUGAUCUCGCCCGCAAGUUGUCGCAGCUGGUUAAGAUGGAGAAGAACGUCAUGCGCAGCAUGGAGCUGGUCGCACGGGAGCGCAUGGAGGUCGCUCAACAACUCUCCAUCUGGGGUGAAGCCGCCGACGAGGAUGUCUCCGACGUAACCGACAAGCUGGGCGUUCUUAUCUACGAGAUCGGUGAGCUUGAGGAUCUGUUCGUUGACCGCUACGACCAAUACCGCGUGACCAUCAAGAGCAUCCGCAACAUCGAGGCCUCGGUCCAGCCCAGCCGUGACCGCAAGCAGAAGAUCACCGAUGAGAUCGCCAAGCUCAAGUACAAGGAUCCCAACUCGCCGCGCAUCGUCGUGCUGGAGCAGGAGCUCGUCCGUGCCGAGGCCGAGUCUCUCGUCGCCGAGGCUCAGCUGUCCAAUAUCACCCGUGAAAAGGUCAAGGCCGCCUUCCAGUACCAGUUUGAUGCGCUCCGCGAGCACUGCGAGAAGGUCGCCAUUGUCGCCGGUUAUGGAAAGCACCUGCUCGACCUGAUCGAUGACACUCCCGUCACUCCCGGUGAGACCCGCCACGCUUAUGACGGCUAUGAGGCUAGCAAGGCCAUCAUUCAGGACUGCGAGGAUGCUCUCAGCAACUGGGUCUCCUCCAAGGCGGUCGUCAAGUCCAACAUGUCCCAGCGCUCGCGCACCCUCUCCCAGCGCCACCGUAACAACGUCAACAAGAGCGGCGAAGGUGUCGACCUAUCCCACCAAGACCAGCCCAUGACUGGAGACCGCGACUCCUGGCUGCCUGCUGACCAGCACCCGAGCUACGAUGACGGCGAGGACGUUCUCAGCACCGUGGAUGGCGAGACACGCGGCCGCGAGGAGGAGCGGGUGCCCCUCGCCUCCUAAGUAAAGGCGACACAAUGAUUUCGGUAUUUUUGUGUUUCCUUUGUUGUUUUCCUACUUCACGAAUUUGACGGCUUCGUUUCUCGCCCAGUUUGGAGGGCUGCAUGAGAUGGAGGGAAAGGAUCGGAGUAAAUCUACGGUUCGUACCUCGGCCUCAGACCUGGAUCUUCACCUCAAUCCCCGUUUACUUCCACUCUCCAAUUUCUCAAACACCACACUCGUUUCUGCGUCUGCGUUGUCCGGUGCUAGGGUUUCACCCGGCUCGAGAAGGAGAUGGUCUUGGCAUUGCAUACGGAAUUUCAUCAUAUUUCCGUUCUUUAAUUCGUCGACCCCGGGAUGGAUGUCAGUCACGUCAUUCAUGUCUCUCCAUCCCUGGCCAUCACUUUCCGAGCCAGCCAUCUACGAACCCUUGCAUUGAGUCCACCUGAUGAUCUCCUGCCUAUGUCGUGAUACCGCACCCGUUGGUCGUGCUUGCCGUUACCCCGAUUUUUUGUCCUGUGUGGCUCCUGGGGGACUGUGGGCCGCAGGAGCCCCAUGCUCCAGUCGGUUCCCUUUCCGAUUCCCAGGUUCUAUUCUAAGAGAUGGAAUCGGGUACAUGUGUGACUCUGCACAACCGAAAGAAAACGACUGGGCAUUCCUCUUUUUCUGCUUUGACUUCCCUUCGUCCCUUGUUGUUUGUUUCUCUAAUGUAAUACCAUCUUGUGCUGUCCUGUUAUUCUCUUUUUCUUCGUGGGUUUAUAUUGGCCGAAGCCUCGUUCGGGGAUGAGAUUUCAGAAUGAGGAUAGGAUAGGAUAGGAUAGGAUAGGAUAUG